AUGUGUGAGAAGGGGCUGUGCUCAGCCUAUGGCUGUGCAGAGAAGAACCUCAAGGGCAAGGAGCCUCCCAAAAACCAGAAACAGUCAGUCUGGUCCAUAACAACCCAUAACAACACGUGCCAUGCCCUUUACAAACCAAGAAAACCUCCUGCACAGUCUGAAGAAGAAGAGGCCAAUCCAGUCCCAGAUCUGAUUGAUGCACCCGCUCCCCCAUUGCGCCAGGAGCUGUUGCAAGCACCAUGUGCUGCACCUCCUGCUGCCCAGACAGUUUUGCGGUUCAUUGGGCGGGCAGCGAGCAUGGAGCUGGGCGGGGAGGUGGCUGCUCCCCUGUCCGGAGGACAAGCCUACAGGAAAAGGCUCCCCAAGCCCCACACUCUCCUGCGGCAGGAUCAGGCCCCUGGCCGGAGCAGGAGGCCACGGGGGAUGGAGAGUGACAGUGCCCCAUGGCUCUCUGCUGACGACCUCCAGAAGAUGUGGCUGCUCUCCAGGGGGCAGGUGGUCUCCAAAACCCGCGUCCCUGCCCACGGGCAAAUCAUGCGAGUGGGGCUCCGUGCCGUGGGGGAUGCCAAGGGGGAUGUCUCGGCAGCCAGCCCAGAAGGAGACUGCCAGGAUGGGCGCUGUGGGCUCAUCAAGCGCCCUGGGGACCUGUAUGAGGUGCUGGCCUUCCACCUGGACCGGGUGCUGGGGCUGAACCGCAGCCUGCCCGCCGUGGCCCGGCGCUUCAGCAGCCGCCUCCUGCCCUACAGCUACACCAAUGGUGCCCUGCGCCCCAUCAUCUGGUGGGCUCCUGACCUCCAGCACCUGGAGGAUGCCAACAAUGACCAGAACUCCUGUGCCCUGGGAUGGCUGCAGUACCAGGAGAUGCUGCAGCCCCACAGGCCGAUGCUGGUGGCUGGGGACGCUCCCUGCUCCAGCAUCCCACGCAGCGAGUGGAGCCGCCUGGCCCUCUUUGACUUUCUUCUCCAGGUUCACGACCGCCUGGACCGCUACUGCUGUGGGUUUCAGCCUGAUCCCUCUGAGCCCUGUGUGGAGGAGAUGCUCCACGAGAAGUGCCGGAAUCCAGCAGAGCUGGUCCUGGUCCACAUCCUGGUCCGGAGGAGUGCUCCAUCCCGCCUGGUGUUCAUUGACAAUGCGGGCAGGCCACAGCACCCUGAGGAGAAGCUCAACUUCAGGCUUCUGCAAGGCAUAGACCGCUUCCCUGCGGCGGCGGUGGCCACGCUGCGGUCAGGCAGAUUGCAGAGCCUGCUGCUGCAGUCUCUGCGCCUGGACCGGGAGCUCUGGGAGAGCCAGGGUGGUGCCGAGGGGCUAAGACCCCUGCUUUGGACCAUUGACAGGCGGGCACAAAUCCUGCUCCGCCACAUCCAAGAGCACAACCUGACGGUGUUUGAGGACUCGCUGCGCUGA